AUGGGACUUCUCUCUGACCCGAACCGCCGGCAGGCUCUGUCUCGUAUCAUCACCAAGCUGAACACUCCUCUCUGCAUCAUCAGUUACCUGAUGGGCAUAGGCUGGUUCCUGGGCUUGGCAUUCCAACCGUUUACCCUACGCUCAUACAUCUCGGAGAACGCUAUGGGAUCCACCAUGGUGGAGGAACAGUUUGUGUCUGGGGACAGAGCGCUUUCCUACGCCAGAGAGUUUGCAGCGCACAGAAAGGCGGCUGGAGGUUCUCCUGUGGCCUCUGAGAGGACGAUGAGAUCUGUGGGUCUGGAGGUUUACACACAGAGCUUCUCUCGCACACUGCCCUUCCCUGAUGAGUCAACUGAGAGAUAUAUGGUGAAAGGCACAAAUGUGUACGGCAUCCUGCGGGCGCCUCGUGCAGCGAGUACGGAAUCGCUGGUUUUAAGUGUCCCGUGUAGUGAGGGGCAGAAUAAUAACCAAGCAGUGGGGCUGCUACUGGCACUGGCGUCAUAUUUCCGAGGGCAGAUAUAUUGGGCUAAAGAUAUCAUCUUCCUGGUGAACGAGCAUGAUCUUAUUGGGAUGGAGGCCUGGCUUGAGGGCUACCAUGAUGUGAAUGUAACAGAGGUAAAAUCCUCAGUAAUGGUGGGACGCGCAGGCGCCAUACAAGCUGCCGUGUCCCUGGAGAUGAGCAGCGAUGUGGUCACCAGCUUUGAUGUAGUUGUGGAGGGGCUGAACGGGCAGCUGCCUAACCUGGACAUGGUGAACUUGUUCAAUGCCUUCUGCCAGAAGAACAAGCUGCUCUGCACCAUCCAGGGAAAGCUGCAGCGCAAUGACUACGACACAUUCCCUGGGUACGUACACAACCUGGAGACCAUGAUGCUUAUGGUGCUGAAGCAGGGCUCCGGCAGGCCUCAGGGCGACCAUGGUCUCUUCCUGCGCUACCAUAUCGAGGCCAUCACCCUGCGCGGCAUCAACAGCUUCCGUCCUUACAAAUACGACACAAGCACCGUGGGCAAGACAAUUGAAGGGAUGUUCCGCAAACUGAAUAACCUGUCUGAGCGCCUGCACCAGUCUUACUUCUUCUACUUGUUACCUUCAUUGUCACGAUUUGUGUCCAUCGGGAUCUACAUGCCAGCCAUUGGCUUCAUCAUUUUAAUUCUCAUCCUCCGCAUAUCCUUUACUGAGGUUUGGGUAGCAGUUCUGGAUAUGAUAAAGCAGGCUGGGGGAUCUGAUGCUGUUUUAACUACAAGAGGAGAAGAAACAGGACCUCUUGAUCGUGUGGGACAAGUCAUGCUGUCGCUCAGCAUAGAG